AUGUAUGUAGCCAUUUUUCAUACCGAAAAGCACCAAAACACAGCCGAGUUAAUUGAGCGUAUAACUUUUCAUUUUGUUGGGAGAUGUGUGUUGGCUAUCACAGUUGAGAAAAAAGUGACAUUAAAUUUUAAUGACGUCAUUUCGCCGCACGUCAGCAUUGCUAUGUUCAGUUUGCUGUUAAUUAUACUCCAGACAUGGAUUCAAGUGUUCAAGCCAUUUUCAAUAUGGCGGCGUUUAAACUAUAGAGAUGAUGUGCGAAUAGCUGAGGAAACAAUAACAUGCUGCAUAUUUGAUACACAUUGUGUACUACCACACGUCUUUAUGCAAGUAGUCAAUGGUCCUUCCGGUUUUUCUGCGCCAACGCAUGCGCCUACAUUUAGAAUUCGGAAACUCGUCUAUAAAAAAGCCGCUUUGCUUACUAAACACAAUGAUCUCAAAAUCUUAAACGCUGAGAUAAAACUAAAAUUGAAACACGUCGUUGGAAAGCAAAGGUCAGGUACAGUGUCUCUCAAUAACUGCGAUGUGAAGAAAGGGACUACGUACGAGGAUGCAGAAAAUAUGUAUGCUCGAUACACCAAACGCUAUACUGGAAAGCUUUCGUUUGCCGGUGAUUAUCCAUCAGGGCUUACAUCAUGUCGGAUGGAUCCCUUGCCACCUAUAUCGAGUUCACUUGGUUGGAUUCCUGUCGCAGUUGGACCACGUGAUUACGUUCAUUCACUAAUGUGCGGCUCUUGUUUGAAGAUAUCUCCAAGAAAAUUAAAAAAACGUUCUCUAAGAAAGAAACGCACCAUGAACUUUCAGUUUGAUCCAACUUCUAAUUAUUAUGCCACUGUUGUUGACGAAUGUGUGCAUUGUAAACCAGGCGACGUACAAAUGUAUCGAGAGGGGUCUGGGGUUCAUGACAUUAUAUACGAGGCGGUUGACUGUCCAGAGUUUCUUGGAGAAGAAGGUUACAUGCAUAUCAAUUUAAAGCAAUGCAACGACAAGAGGAUGAAAUUACAAAUUAAAAAUACAAAGUUACCAACCGUUUCUUUGGAAUUAUUUCAAGAAAAUAAAUGGAAAUGCAUGCCGAAGACAAUAGAUAAUUUUUUCCUGCUGUCUCCACAGAAUGAUACUAAAACAUACAGUCCACCUCUAAAAGCUCGAGCAACAGCUAUAACUGGUCAAACUUUAGGCUUUACGAUCGAUACUCUUAAAAACAAGAGAGAAAUUAUCAUUCCAGCUCAGUAUAGCCCGUUUGAUACAGUAUCAUCUGGAAAAGCUCCUAGGCUAAAAUGUUUCGCUAAAAGUGACGUACCCUCCAAAACGGAAACGGAAGCUGAUGAGUACAAUUUAAAGAAGAGCAAUAUGACCAUUGAUGAUUUGCAUAAAUUGCCAAAUAACGUUCAUUUACUUACGUCUAAUGGUCAUCUCUUGAAAUCACCGGAAAAAACAAACAAAUCAAAUUUAACAACACACCUGAUCAGCAAUAACAACGCAUCUAAUUUUCUGAAUCAAACCUACAACUCGCCACCAUCUGUUGUGAAAGCCAACCGUACGCUACUAAAUGACAACGCACAUGUGUCGCCGAUGUUUCAUAAUUCCACAUUAAAAAAAGGCCUGCAAGUUUUAAAAUUUCUGAAAGAAAUCAAACUAAAUAAGCAACUGCCUUGUAAAUUUGAUGGAACACAUUCUGUACCUAAUAACUGUGCCUCGUUUUCUAUAUGUCAGGACGGACUUCGAACAUUAAAACAGUGUCCCCAUGGUUUGUUGUUUAACCCUGUGGAGGGUGUCUGUGAUUGGCCGCACCAUGUAACGUGUGCACGAACUUUUGGGUCCAAUUACAUUCCGUUGAAAGGCCCUAUUAUGGAUGAUGAUGACGUUUACACUAAGAAAUUUACUUAAUGUUGUCGCAUUUAAACUCAGGCGGAAGAACCAAACCAACAAACGAAGAGAAAAAGCCAUUCGAGAGAAUUGGUGUCAAAAAUCGGAAUAAGAAAUUGGAAUCACCAUUCGGAAUAGGA